CAGAAAAACGUUCUGAACCACCGGGAAUGCAAGCAGCCUGGAUGUAAGUCAGGCAAACCAGGUCUCCAGGAUGAUGUCGAUUGGAUGGCCGUUACGUAUGCCGGGCGACGUCCUUGUUGGUCCAGCUUUGGCAGGACAGGGUUGUAGGGAUGAUGCUGGAAAGAGGAGCCAGCGUUUGGGUUGUGGGGAUUAACAAGUCGAAAAAUAUAGCAGGUCGAUUUUACAUGAGAGCACAUUCAGCUGUAAGUGAUAGGUCGACUACCGGCCGUGUUGAACGGGGGAUGACCCCGUGAUGGCGGCUUCGGCGUCUAUAGUAGAGGUUUUAUUGCCUGUCUGGCUCCAGCACCGGGUUUCGGUGCGAGCCUUGCCUGAUGAAGCGCUAGUCGUGGCAAUGCUUAUGCCGUUACCGUUGGGCACGAGACGGCAAGCCUUUAUCGAGGACUACAGCCCAAUGCCGGUGUGUUGCUGCUGUUGUUGUUGUUCCACCAUCACCACCCACCAUGAAAUUCGAUCGUGGGGAAUGGCUGGCUGCGUUGUUGUAAACAGAUAGGGUACCUUAGCUCAAUUGGAGCAAUUGGAGCAAUCGAAACAAGACGAGAGGUUGGAUCAUCAGUUGGAUGUUGGCACAUCCAUUAUCAGCAUGUCUUGCCGUGUCUCAAGAAGCUGUGGGUCGUGGCAACAAACGCGAUCUAUCAGAAGUCGUGAGAAGGAGCUGGGCCAAAGAGGAAAGAAGGAGUAAAAUGAGACAUCAAUCUCUACUCCAAGGACGUAGAGAAUCAAUACUAAAAAAUACAGAGAUUAAAAGAAAAGUCAUCAUUUCAACCGUCAUAACAAGAGAGAGGAGGAGGAAUGCCAGACAUCCUGUCAACGAUGGCCCACUGUGGUGUGGGAAGAAGGGAAACACCCCAGGUAUCGAUAGCAGGGACGGCAAGGAGAUGCCUGCUUCAUCUCGAAACC